GAUACAAAAAAGAAGAAGAAGACGAAGGUGUCAACGGGCGAGGAUAGAUCUGCGCGCGGCCGCUCAUGCGUGCGGGUAACGUUGAUCUACCUGGACGCGCGUCGAAGUGAACUCCCCGAAGAAGAACUGCCCGACCGGAAGUCGGACUGACAGCCGGAAAGUGAAGCGAACUGCGGCGAAGAUCCGCCGUUUAGCCGCCGCGAGCCGAAGCGAACGUUAGCCGGCUAACUUACGUCACCAGGACUUUGCCAGCGUCCUAUAUUUUUUAUAUAUAUAUAUCAACAUUUUUUUGGGGGGUGCUUUCUUUUUUAAAUUAAUGCUGUUUUGGAGGACGAGCUCGCCAACCGGUCACGUGUUCGAGUCCCGCGGAGUCCGCGUGUCGUCCCAUCUGAGGCGGCGCCGGUCCUCACCCCCCCACCCCACGCAGACAGGUGCCAACAGAGGGACAGGAUGCCCCCCCCUCCCCCACCUCCCCCGGGACCCCCGCCCCCCCCCUCCUUCAGUCAGGCGACCUCGGCUCCUCCCAGCGGUAAAGGCCGCGGAGCGCUGCUGACGGACAUCUGCAACGGCGCCAGGCUGAAGAAGGUUGGGGCCGUCAGCGACCGCAGCAGCCCCAUCAUAGAGAAAGGAGGAGGAAGAGGUGGAGGAGGUGGUGGAGGAGGAGGAGGUGGUGGUGGUGGUGGUGGAGGCGGCGGCGGCGGGCCAAUGGGAAUGGGAGGCCUUUUCCAAGGAGGUGUGCCAAAGUUACGCUCAGUUGCAGAUGGUUCUGUGGGUGGUUCUGUGGGCCGGUCCGCCCUGCGGCCCCCGGGGUCCCGGGCCGCGGCCCCCCGCCCCCCCACAGGCCGCUCCUCCUCGCCCUCCCCGGCCAACCAGCCCUCUCCUCCGGAGCACCAGCGCUCCCACCGCCCCUCGCUCCCCGACAUCUCGCGCCCCUCCCAGAACAGCGGCGGCGGCGGCUCUUCCUCCACCGGCGGCGGCGGGAUGAAGCACAGCACCUCCGCCCCGCCGCCUCCUCCACCCUUUAACCGAGGAGGCCGCAGCAACGCUCCGCCGACUCCCGGCCAGAAGGCACAAGCUCCGCCUUCCACCUCCUCCUCCCACAGCAGAGAGAAGCCCCUCCCACCGACGCCCAACAGAGGCCACGCCCCUCCCGGCAACGCGAAGCCGCCUCCGUCUUCCAGCAGGCCGCCGACGGGCGGCUCCUCGGCUCCUCCGCCUCCCCCGCCGUACAGGCCGCACUCGUCGGCCGGCGUCUCCAACGGGCCGGCCCAGGUGGACGGGGGCGGAGCUCCCCAGCUGCCGCAGAGGCGCAACUCCCUGCACAAAAAGCACACGUCGGGCGGCCAAGGACGCAGCCACGCUCCUCCUCCACCUCCCCUCUCAUCGUCUCCGACCUCCCAGCAGGCCGGCAGGCCGCCUCCACCCGCCAGGGAGCCGCCGGGCCGCAGAUCAGCUCCCCAGGUGCCCCCCUCUGGGACUCGUAACGGCGGUCGGGACGCCCCUCCCCUCCCCUCCUCCUCCAGCGUCCACAGCGCCGCUGCCUCGGAGGCCCACAGCCGAAUGGCCAAACAACAGCCUCCCCCCUGCUCUUCCUCCUCCCUACCAUCCACCUCUUCCUCCCGGACCCGCUGGACCCCUCCGCCGCCCGCCCGUCCGGGCAGCCACUCCUCCGUCUCCUCCUCCAAGUCCAUCAUGGAUGAUUUUGAAUCCAAGUUUAACUUCCACCCUUUUGAGGACCUUCCACCUCCAGAGGAGUACCGGCACGUCAACAAGGUCUACCCCAGCAAAACCAGCAAGGCAAUGAUGAGAGGAGCUCCUCCGGCGCCGCCGGUGGGAAGGUGAACGGACCUCAGCUCAGGACUUUAACGCUCGGGUCUGUGAGGGAGGGAGAGAGAGAGGAGGGGGAGAGAGAGAAAGAGAGGGAGGGGUGAAGACUCGCUCUAAUCACAACACACACUCACCCUAAAACCACCAGCUGGAAGCACAACGUAAACACCGCGACGCCUCAGCAGGUUUGACUCGCCGCUCGCUUUCUGUCUUUUGCACAAGAGAACGAAGAAGAGAGAAGAAGAGAGAAGAAGAGAAGAAGAAACACUCGUGGUCAGAGCCGUGGUCGAGGCUUCUGUCCGACGCACCAGGACCAAACUCCUAAACUGUGCAUUCCAACGUUCUUACUUUCUUUUAUCCAUAAUCAUGGUUAUAACGUUUUUAUUA